AUGACCAGGCUCCGUGCAGUGCUGCACCACUUCAAUCAAGCUGGUCUGAAGGUCAAGCACGAGAAGUGCCAGAUUGUGGUGCCCCAGGUUGAGUUCCUGGGAACCCUGUCUGCCGCUGAAAGAAACUACGGACAGGUGGACAAAGAGGCAUUGGCAAUUGUUGUGGGGGUGAAACGUUUCCACCACUACCUCUAUGGCCGCCAGUUCCAAAUUGUAACUGACCACAAGCCGUUGCUGGGCCUGUUAGCCAGCGACAAGCAAACGCCACAAAUGAUGUCCCUGCGAAUGACUCGAUGGAUUGUGUAUUUGGCUGCCUACAAUUACACCUUGGUAUACCGCCAAGCUCUUUAUCUUGGAGAAAGGUUAUUCAUCAGCUUUGAUAUGUUUGACAGCAGCCUUCUUCCUCUAACCAUCCCUGAUGGUUUUACAAGGUCACCUGCCAUUGUUAGUGCUGCUGCCUUUGGGCAGGAUACGAUCGUGGCAGUGGUGAAUGGCGCCGUCUUUCUCUAUCUCUAUGCUACAUGGAAGAGAUGGCUGCAUUCAAAGGGGAUUACUCAUCCAGUUACUGAUCUUGCAAGCUACACAUGCUGCUUUGCUCUAAAUGAUCCUGCCUGUGACAAAAUCAAUGAACUUAUUCUGGCAUAUCACCCAGGCAAUUUGGUUAGCAACACUACCACUAAUAAUGAACUUGCACUCCUCACUAAGACUCAGCUUUUCUACGGAAACUUUGACAUGGUUAUUAGAAGCGUGGUACAUUUGGGAGACAAAACUCUUUCCUCAGCCAAUGUUUCUUGUGAAACUAUGUUAUUUGAAAAUAUUGGAAUACUUAGCAUCAUCCAUCCAAUUCCCGGCAAUGCAUCCAAUUACUAUCAUUUUCAAAAAUGCAUCAUCAACAUCCAGGAAAAGCUCAUGACUGUGAAACCAUUACCGCGACACUGUCCAAUGGAGAUCCUCACGGGUGAUUUCCAUAACAGGAUGUAUUAUAUUGAUACAAAGCAGCAGCUUCAUUUUAAUGCCACAUUUGUACCAAAGCCAGGGACUAGUGCUUAUCCAUUUGUAAUGGUGACCAAUCCAGGAGUACUGGUAUUCGAGGCACAUAUUAUGGAGGAUGGCUACACCUUUAAUGGAAACCCUAAAUACAGCUUGAAAAUUAAAUUAGAAGAACAACCACAAUUAACAAGUAUGAUGGUAGGAAAACAGAACUCAACACUCUUAAAGUUGUCAUCUAUUACUGUGGACAUCUAUAACAAAGGGCUAUUCUGUAUUGACAUGUAUCCAUUGACAGCUCUUAUUGCAGUGGACUGCCCACCUAAGAAACACAUCAGAAUUUUAAGGACAACAACAGGUUGCAGUAAAGGUCUCUUUGAACCAAGACUACUACAGAAUUUUGUUUAUUCAAUUGAUAAGAAUCUAUAUGAUCCUUUGUUCCUUGGUAGAAAAAAUUUAGCACAGGACAAUCUUAAUGUGACCUAUCAAUAUGACACUUGGGGAUGUCCUAUUCUCUUAUAUUAUGAUAAGCCGUGGCUUCCAAAACUUGAAUUAUGGAAUGACGAUGAAUUUGUGGAAUACGUUUCUGCGGAUUUUGUACUAUAUGAAAUAAAUGGAAUGCACAAUUAUGAUUAUCUCUUGACUGAAAUAGAGGCCAAUUGUUUGUCAGAGGCCCAGAACUGGACCAAACAAUUAGCAAUUUUUCCAGGCUCUCCACACAUUGCAUGGACUAGAUAUACUUAUGAGAGUUGCAAGAACCCCAAAGGAAACACCUCUUUGCCAUCAAUUAAGUCAAAGUACCAGGUUUUAAACAGGGAUGAAGGAAAUAGAAUACUUUUUCCACAGUACAAUGGAUUUUAUGUCUUCAGAGCUAUUGUUGUAGAUAGACUAUAUAGCUAUUGUGACUUUACCACAGUUUUCAGUGUGUACGUUCAUGGAGCCCUCCCAAAAUCUAAAGUCAGUGUUGGGAAAGCACUAAUUAGUUUUCUUGUUCUCAUAUUUGGCACAAUGCUGAUGGUUUAUUUUUUUCUUAAAUUACUAAAGGAGUACUCAAGAAUGAAAUAA